AUGUUCAGGCAAUCAGUUCGUUUCAUCGCUUCUAGAAGGUCAUUAUCAGCUACACCAAGAAGAAGCAACUUGGUAUCAGACUUGUACGUCCAACAAAUUAAACAGUUCAAACCAACGGCUCUUUCCAACAAGGAGAUUGAGGAAUCUGUUAAAAAGUUCCAGUUGCCAGGCAAGCCAUCUAUCCCAGAAGCAGAAAUUUCUUCGCAAGCCUUAGGUGAAUAUGAAUCCGCUCCAGUUGAAGUUCAAGAUGCUCCUUCCGCAUCUCAAGCUGCAAAGCCAGCAGGUGAGGAAGAUUGGUUUGUUUUUGAAGAAGCCGAGGAACACCAUUGA